CUCUCUCACAGCUACCCAACGCAGAAAAAGAACAUGAGUGCAUUUCGACAGUUCUUCAAGCGGCUGACUGGAGGCAAAGCAGGAGGUACCUCCGCUGCCGCCGUUGAACCAAAGGUGAAGGUGGAAUUCGACGUUUCUUCGUCCCACCCCAGACAUGUGGUCAAAUUUUUCAUCCAUCCAGAGGACGAAGAAAGUGUGAAGAAAAUGAUUGCUGCCAAGCCCCCUGGGAUUAUGGCUUGGCUUUCGAAUAUCAACCUCCUAGCCGGCAGUGCGGAUCUGUUGUGGAAGUCCGGAAAAACACUGUUAAAGGCGAAGGAGAGUAGCUUGAAGGAAGCGUUAAAGGGCGAAGGCUGUUGCUUCAGCAAGCAGAGUGAGCGGCGCAUCGUUUCCAUGUUUCACCAGUCGUGUGAGAACACCGCACGUCUUGCGUACCUGGAGCAGGUUGCAGAACAUUACGCAAAAUAUGGAGUCACCAAGGGGUCUCCUCCUCCUCCUGUCCGUCCUCUACCACCGUCGAAGCAGGAGGCAAAUGGCAACAACAACGGGAAAGGCAAUGGCAACGGGAAGGGGCAAGGGCAAGGGAAAGGCGAGGGCGACGGCAAUGGCAACGGAAAAGGCAACGGCAAUGGAAACGGAAAUGGGAAGGGGAACGGGAACGGAGGACCACCAGCCCUCCCUGAAAAUGACACCCUGCCGGAACCAUUCGAGUUGCCAUUUUAAAAGGAUCAUUUGGUGGAAGAGCAGAAUGAUGUGAAUAAGAUUUUGAACAUUCAGGCUAAGAAAGGAACAAAAGAGUUUUUUGAUAGUUUCUUUUAGUGAACGAGGCAGAUUUUGUCAGUAGGUUUUGUUGCUCGAUGAAUUUGGAUUGUAAAAAUUGGAAUGCUUUUUAGCUGGUUAACCAACAUAUGAAACCUCCAUCUUCGUUUGUGGGUAUUUUGAACAAAGACUGUCUUCCAUGUCCUCUUUAGGUGGGGGGAUUUUUUUGUAUAGGGAUUUGGGAUGACGCUGGUGACCUUUGUGGUGGUGUCUGUUCGUAUCCUGCUUCUCUUUAGUUAUGUUUCUGGGUGUGCUGGGCACUCCUCUGUUUGUUUCUUGGCCUUGGGCCUUGUUGGUUCUAUGAACAUAUGAAACCUAUCCUA